GACUCAGUGAGGGAGUUAACAACGAGUAUAAGACUCGAAAACAAACCAUCCACUCCUUCCGGAAGUAAACUGCGAUCAUGGCAGCUGUUGACGCCACCACCAAGGCUUUGGAGACAACCACAAUCUCCAAAACCAAGGAGUUGAAAGGCACAGAGAAAAGAGAUACCCUUAUUGCAAUUGAGAAGAAAUACCAGAAGAAAUGGCAAGAAGAUGGAGUCUUCGAACCGGACGCGCCCUCUACCACCGAAAUACCCCUCCAUUCAAUCUCCCCCGCCGACCUUCGAGCACAGCAACCCAAGUUCUUUGGCACCAUGGCUUACCCAUAUAUGAACGGGACCCUACAUGCUGGACAUACUUUCUGUGUUAGUAAAAUCGAGUUUACAGCUGGGUUUGCACGUAUGCAGGGCAAGAGAACACUGUUUCCUAUGGGCUUUCACUGCACGGGUAUGCCUAUCAAGGCGUGUGCGGACAAGCUUAUAAACGAGGUCAAGUUAUUUGGGAAGAACUUUGAGAAUUACAAGGACGACGAUGUUCUGGAAGACAAGACUAAUACACCAACGCCAAGUACGCACCAUGAAGAUGUGACGAAGUUCACAGCGAAGAAGGGCAAGGCUGCCAGCAAGGUUGUGAAGAUGAAGUACCAGUUUCAGAUCAUGCGAGCUGUUGGGAUACCUAUGGAGGAUAUUCACAAGUUUGCUGAUCCUCUACAUUGGUUGGACUACUUCCCUCCAUUGUGCAAACGAGAUCUUACGAACUUUGGUGCGAGAAUCGACUGGAGAAGAUCAUUUGUUACGACAGACGCAAAUCCAUACUAUGAUGCUUUCAUACGCUGGCAAAUGAACCGUCUCAAGGAAUUGCAGAAGAUCAAGUUCGGCAAGAGAUACACAAUCUACUCACCUAAAGACGGACAACCAUGUAUGGAUCACGACCGGAGUGAAGGAGAAGGUGUUGGACCUCAGGAGUACACUGCAUUGAAGUUGAAGGUCAAGGAGUGGGCACGAGAAGCUGAGAAAGCCAUCAAAGGCAAAGUCCCAGAGGGAGCAGACAUCUUCUUCGUCCCAGCAACCCUGCGACCUGAGACGAUGUAUGGACAGACUUGUUGUUUUGUUGGACCAAAGAUUACAUAUGGCGUUUUCAAGGUUUCAGAAAAGGAGUUUUAUGUCAUCACGGAUCGGGCAGCACGAAAUAUGUCAUAUCAAGGCGUUUUCCCUAAAAAUGGCGUUUGCGAGAAGGUUGCGGAGAUUCUUGGUUCAGCUUGCGUUGGUACACUUGUCAAUGCACCUCUCUCGGUUCACAAGGACGGUGUUCGAAUCUUACCUAUGGAGUCGGUCCUUCCUACGAAAGGCACUGGAGUUGUCACGUCGGUACCAUCUGACAGUCCAGAUGAUUUCGCCACUGUCACAGAUCUUGCGAAGAAGGCGGAAUACUAUGGUAUCAGGAAGGAGUGGGCUGAGUUGGAGAUUGUUCCUAUUAUCAAGACACCAACUUAUGGCGACUUGACGGCACCUUUCUUGGUCAAGAAGCUCAAGAUUGCAUCACCGAAAGAUACCAAGCAGCUUGAGGAAGCAAAGGAACUUGCUUACAAGGAGGGCUUCUACCAGGGUGUCAUGGUGAUCGGCGAAUUCAAAUGCGAGAAGGUUGAAGUAGCAAAGCCAAAAGUCAGACAACAGCUUCUCGAUGCCAAUGAAGGUUUUGCCUACGCUGAACCAGAGAAGAAAGUCGUAAGCAGAUCAGCGGACGACUGCUGCGUCGCAUUGAUGGACCAGUGGUAUCUCGACUACGGAGAAGAGUCAUGGAAGCAGACUGCCCUUAAAUAUGUGGAUAAUGCAGAUGGGAAGGGACUUAACACAUAUGCUCAAGAGACGAAGAACGGAUUUGAUGGUGUUCUCAAUUGGCUUAAUCAGUGGGCUUGCGCAAGAACAUAUGGUCUUGGCUCGAAACUCCCUUGGGAUCCACAAUUCUUGGUUGAGAGUUUGAGUGACAGUACCAUCUAUAUGGCAUAUUACACCAUCGCACAUCUUCUUCACAAAGACAUCUUUGGCAAGACUCCCGGUCCUCUUGGUGUCAAGCCAGAUCAAAUGGUCGACGAAGUCUGGGAUUACGUGUUUGCUCGACGAGAGCUCAGUGACGAAAUGCUCAAGGAAAGUGGUAUCUCGAAAGACGCCCUCGCAACCAUGAGACGAGAAUUCGAAUACUGGUACCCGAUGGAUCUCAGAGUAUCUGGAAAGGAUCUCAUUCCCAACCAUCUUACCUUCUGCCUCUACAUCCAUAUUGCAAUGUUCGACCCUGAGUACUGGCCAAGGGGCAUUCGUGCCAAUGGUCAUUUGCUCCUCAAUGGAGAGAAGAUGAGCAAGUCGACUGGCAACUUCAUGACCUUGGACGAUUUAGUGAAGAAAUAUGGAGCAGACGCAAGCCGCAUUGCUCUAGCUGAUGCCGGCGAUGGAGUUGCAGAUGCAAACUUCGAGGAAGAUGUUGCUGAUAAUAACAUCCUCCGUCUUUUCACUCUUAGAGAAUGGUGUGAGGAACAAGUCAAGGACCAAGACAAUCUUCGAUCGGGUCCAAAGAACGACUUCCUCGACGCUCUUUUUGAGAAUGAGAUGAAUUCCCUCGUCCAUGAAGCAAAACACCACUACGCAAACACCGAUUACAAGCUCGCUCUCAAAUCCGCCCUGUACGAUUUCACCGGCGCAAGGGAUUUCUACCGCGAAGCUAGCAUCGCAGCAGGUGUGAAGAUGCACCGCGAUCUCGUUUUGCAAUAUAUUGAGCUCCAAGCUCUUCUUCUCGCCGUCAUCGCACCUCACUGGUCAGAAUACAUCUGGCUCGAGGUCCUCAAGAAGCCUCACACUAUUCAAAAUGCCCUCUACCCCAAGACACCCGCUGCCGUCCCAGCCUUGACUGCAGCACGUGAAUAUGUCCGCAAUACAUCUUCCAACAUUACCUCAGCUGAAGCCUCUCAACAAAAGAAGAAAGCAAAGGGCAAGGACAUUGGCUAUGAUCUCAAGAAGCCAAAGAAGCUUACCAUCUUCGCCGCUGCAAGGUUCCCUGCGUGGCAGGAGAAGUACAUCGAGCUUCUCCGUGAAUAUUGGGACCCAGCCACUAAAUCAGCCAACGACAAGGAAUUGAAUGGCAAGAUCACUAAGAUGGGCGAGGCCAAGAAAGCAAUGGCGUUCGUGCAAACCUUGAAGAAGAGACUCGUAGCAGGCGAGAAGCCAGAAAUGAUCUUUGAGCGCAAAUUAGCAUUUGACGAAAUCCAAACCUUGAAGAAUAUGAUUCUAGGAUUGAAGAAAGCUGCAGGCUUGAGCGUUGUAGAAGUCAUUAAGGUGGAUGAGGGUGGGAAGAUGGGAGUUGUGGUUGGUGAGGAGAAGAAGGUCGAGGCGUUGCCGCAACCUGCUGAGGGUGCUGUUCCUGGAGUACCAACCUUCCAUUUUGAGAAUGUGGAUGCUUGAUGUGAAGUUCUUGUUUGUGAAUCGGAGUGGCUGGGCUGACAGAUAUCAUGACUUGUUGCUUUCCUGUUGAGAUGAAAUGAUAGACGAGAUAUCAUGAAUGAAAAGCAUUACAAU